AUGUACUAUAAUUCAGAAGAAAUUAAUUCGGUGCAUGUCCCCAAUGGGGAAAAUCUGUUUGAAAUUGACCCUUAUUUAAAUCCUUACAGAUACGAAAUCAAACGAAGAUAUAAAUGCUUCUUGGACUACAGCAAAUGGAUUGAUAGUGUUGGUGGUAUGGAAAGUUUCACGCAAGGUUUCAAAGAGUUUGGCAUUCAUUGUGAAUCCGAUGGAAGUAUCCGUUGCAAAGAAUGGGCUCCUGGAGCUCAGGCUGUUUAUCUUCGUGGCGACUUCAAUAAUUGGAAUGAAUUUGAAUAUCCUUUCAAAAAGCUUGACUUUGGAAAAUGGGAACUUAUUAUUCCUCCAAAUCCCAGUGAUGGAAAGCCAAUGAUUCCACACCUAUCAAAGAUUAAGCUUCUCAUCGUUGGACCAGGUGGUGCUAAAUUUGAUAGAUUAAGUCCUUGGGCAACUUAUGUGAAAAAUUUUGAUAAAAACAUUAUUUACGACCACGUUUUCUAUAACCCCCCAUCGCGUUAUGAGUUUAAAUAUCCUCAUCCGCCGAAGCCAAAAAGCCUUAGAAUCUACGAAAGCCAUGUUGGCAUUGCUACCUCGGAGUAUAAAGUUGGAACCUACUUGGAGUACAAAGAGAAAGUUCUUCCAAGAAUUGUUGAUUUAGGCUACAAUUGCAUCCAAUUGAUGGCCAUCAUGGAGCACGUUUACUAUGCAUCUUUUGGUUACCAAGUUACCAAUUUCUUUGCUGCGUCUAGUCGUUAUGGUACUCCUGAUGAACUUAGAGAGCUAAUUGAUGAAUGUCAUCGUCAUGGCGUCAUUGUGUUCCUUGAUGUUGUCCAUAGCCACGCCUCCAAGAACACUGCUGAUGGGUUGAAUCAGUUUGAUGGAACUAACUCUUGCUAUUUCCAUGACCAUGGAAGAGGGGUCCACGAUUUGUGGGAUUCAAGACUGUUCAACUACACUGAACUGGAAGUGCUACGUUUUCUUCUGUCCAAUCUAAGAUGGUGGAUCGAUGAAUACGGAUUCGAUGGUUUCCGUUUUGAUGGUGUGAUGUCCAUGAUCUACCAUCACCAUGGUUUGAAUACUAACUUUUCUGGCUCGUAUGGUGAUUACUUUGGGUUAAGUGUGGAUACUGAAUCGUGGACGUAUUUGAUGCUUGCAAAUGACUUCUUGCAUAAGAAGUACCCCUUCAUUACAACCAUUGCUGAGGAGGUCAGUGGAAUGCCAACUCUUUGUAGACCCGUGGAUGAGGGGGGUGCCGGUUUCGAUUAUCGUCUAGCUAUGGCCAUCCCUGAUCUUUGGGUAGCGUAUUUGAAAAAGGUUCCAGAUGAAGAAUGGGAAAUGGGCAAAAUUGUCCAUAGCUUGACUAACCGUCGCUGGGGUGAGGGAAACAUUGCUUACGCUGAAUGUCACGAUCAAGCCCUUGUCGGUGACAAGACAAUUUCCUUCUGGUUAAUGGACAAGGAGAUGUACACACACAUGAGUAUUCUCUCUCCCCCGAGUCUUAUUAUUGAUCGAGGUCUCGCUCUGCACAAAAUGAUCCGUUUGAUCACCCAUGCAUUGGGAGGAGAAGGCUAUCUCAAUUUUAUGGGGAAUGAAUUCGGUCAUCCGGAGUGGUUGGAUUUCCCCCGAGAAGGAAAUAACAAUAGCUACCACUAUGCUCGUCGACAGUGGAACCUGGUGGAUGACCCCCUACUCAAGUACCAAUUCCUUAACAAUUGGGAUCGAGAUAUGCAACACAUGGAAGAAAAGUACCAUUGGCUUUGUGCCAAUCAGGCUUACGUGAGUCGAAAACACGAAGGAGACAAAAUAGUUGUUUUUGAAAGAGCUGGUGUGCUGUUUAUUUUUAAUUUUCACCCUAACAAGAGCUAUACAGGAUACCGAAUUGGUGUUGAUACCGCCGGAACGUACAAGAUCAUUUUGAAUUCUGAUUCAAAGAAAUAUGGUGGUUUUGAUCGUAUAGAUGAAUCAGUUCCGAUACCGACAACUUGUGAGCAUUGGGACAACCGGUGCUGUAGUGCUUACGUCUACAUUCCGUCCCGAGUAUGUCUCGCCCUUGCUCUCCAAUGA